AUGACCUGGGACGUGCGGGCUCCCCUGGCCAGGGCCACACGGUUCAUUUUCUCGGCACUUAUCAUCAGCGUCAAGCCCAAGGACGCCCUGCUCGUCAGCUUCAGCGGCGUCGGCACCGCCAACACGGUGCGCACCAUGCCCAAGUUCCAGGGCAACGCAAUCAUGGCCGAGGACGCCGUGAAGUGGGCGUGGAUGCAGGGUCAAAAAAAGGCAGGGCUCGGCGUCAGCGACUUGAGAUUUGUGGAGAAAUGCGUCGGCUUUGUCUGA